AUGAGGUGCUUCUUAAGGUGCGUGCUGGUGAUCUUCUCAGACGGACUCGAUGAAGACGUGAGGACACUGCAGCAUGAAGCAGAGCUGCUGCGUCAGUCUGGGGUCAGCGCUCUGCUCACCGUGGCCCUGGAGGGGACCCAGGACCCCGCCCAGCUGCAGAUGGUGGAGUUCGGAAGAGGGCUCGAGCACAAACUACCUCUGAGCAUCGGAAUGCCGAGCGUGGGCAGAACCAUCCUCAAACAGAUCGACACGGUGUCGGACAGGAAGUGCUGCAACGUCAUGUGCAAAUGUUCGGGAUACGAAGGCAUCCGUGGUUCUCGCGGCACCCUGGGGUCAAAGGGCGAGCCGGGGCUGAGGGGUCAUCCGGGAUUCCUGGGGGAGGAAGGCCACUUC